AUGGCCGUCGCCUACGAAGGACAGCUCAAGGGCCACCGCGGGUGGGUCACCGCCCUCGCCUGCCCCCAGUCCGCCGACUCGUACAUCAAGACGGUGUCGACGUCCCGUGACAACACGCUCAUCUCGUGGGGGGCGAACCCCGACCGCCACAGCGAGGAGAGCGACUACGGCCUCCCCGAGCGCCGCCUGGAGGGCCACAGCGGGUUUGUGUCCGAUGUUGCUCUGUCCAACAACGGUGACUUCGCCGUCUCCUCCUCGUGGGACCGCUCCCUGCGUCUGUGGAAUCUGCAGACGGGCCAGUGCCAGCACAAGUUCCUCGGCCACACCAAGGAUGUCCUCUCCGUGACCUUCUCGCCAGACAACCGCCAGAUUGUGUCCGGUGGCCGCGACAACGCCCUGCGCGUGUGGAACGUCAAGGGCGAAUGCAUGCAUACGCUGAGCCGCGGUGCCCACAGCGACUGGGUCAGCUGCGUCCGCUUUUCCCCGUCCCUCGACACGCCCCUCAUCGUCUCUGGUGGUUGGGACAACCUCGUCAAGGUGUGGGACCUCGGCACGGGCAAGCUCGUCACGGACCUGAAGGGCCACACAAACUACGUCACCUCUGUGACCGUGUCCCCCGACGGCUCGCUUUGCGCCUCCUCCGACAAGGACGGCGUUGCCCGCCUGUGGGACCUGACCAAGGGUGAGGCCCUCUCUGAGAUGGCGGCUGGUGCCCCCAUCAACCAGAUCUGCUUCUCCCCCAACCGCUACUGGAUGUGCGCGGCCACGGAGAAGGGCGUCCGCAUCUUUGAUCUGGAGAACAAGGACGUCAUUGUUGAGCUUGCGCCUGAGACCCAGCAGAAGAGCAAGAAGGCCCCCGAGUGCGUGUCGAUCGCGUGGUCCGCGGACGGCAGCACCCUGUACUCUGGCUACACGGACAACGUCGUCCGCGUCUGGAGCGUGUCGGAGCACGCGUAA